AUGGAUAAUAAGAAUAGCGGACCAAGCACUGGUCGCUAAGUUAUCAACAUUUCCGCUCAUGGGAAUCAAUCAAGAUUAGAAAAUAUCAAUGAUCUUAAUAACUCUGCCACUCAGAGAUAUAUGGAUCAAGUUUUCGAUUCUCAAAUAUCGAGGGCAAGUCAUGAUUAAUCUUUAGAAUACUCUUCGAGAAAUGUGAACGAAUAUAUACUAUAAGAAUAAAACAUUAGGAAAACUGAGCCUAUGAUGAAAUCAUCUACUAGUGUUCAAUUCAAUACUCAUAAAAUUUAAUCUCACAUCUAGCAUCAAAAGUCUGCUUAAUUGCAGGUAAUUGAUGAGAAUAAAUAGACUCUUGGUGUUUAAAGUUCUGGCUAGAAAAAGAAAAUUCAAACAUUGAAUUCAGGUUCAUAUUCAAAUCUUCCAAAUCUUAAUACAAUGAAGCAUGAUCUUUCAGAUGUAGUGAGUUAAUCAAUGAAACUUGAAGAGUCAGUAAAAGCUUUUGAUCGUAGACCUUAGAGGAUUCCUGGCUUAACAGACUUUUUAUGCGAAAAGCACUACAAAAAAUUUGGCACAUAUAACAGGACUUAAAAAGAACUCCAUAAAUAUUGGAAAAGUCAUGUAUCAUCAGUCUACGCUUAACUGAGAGAAAGUAAAAAUAGGUCUUAUAAAGAAACUGAAAAUCUUCUGCAUGGAAGUAAGUUUGGCAUAAGUUUUAAAGGCUAAACUUUCAAAGAGAACUUGAACAUUGACAGCAAUAAAGCAACUAACAAUAAUGUAUCUAUUGUAAGUGGAAAUUUAGAGGAAUAAUACAAGAUGCUUUAUGAGAUGGAUGUCGUAUAUACUCUAUAAAAAGACUUAGAGGAUGAGGAAAUUCAAAGAAAAGGAAACGAACUUAGAAUGUAAGAAGAAAGAAGAAGAAUUAUUGAAAAAGAGAUUAAGGAAGAUGAAGAAAAAGCAAUUUUUAAGAUGGUACAGCAAUAUUAUGUGGAUCUUGCCAAUUUUAAAAUAAGGUAACUAGAUGAUUAAAACAAAGUUGAAGAUAAGCAAGCUGCUAAAAAUUGGCAUAAAAUAAAAACAAAUCAAUCAAUAAAUCCAAUUGAUAGUAUUGAUGAAGUUAAGAAUGAGCCACAAAAACCUAUUUUAGGAAAUGAAGAACUUGAUAAGGAAAAAGAACGAAUUAAUAAGAAGUUGGAAAAGGAAAUGGAAUUUCUUUAGAGAUUUUUCAAAUUUGUUCGAUCAGAAAAUCUUACUAAUGAUCCAAUUGAACUCUUUUAAAUGUAUAAGAAUGAAUAAAACAAAUCUGCGAAAGAUAUUACUUGGGGAGGUAAUGAAUCUGAAGUACUAGAGAUAAUUAAUGGAUUUUUUGGUCCACAAAAAUUGAUUAAAAGAAUUCAGCUAUACUAUUCAGAGUGUAAUAAAAAUGGAAAAUACAAGGGAAUUAGUCUCUUUGGCUUUUAUUAAUAAGUCAAGAAAAGAGAUAGACUUCUAGUUUUUAUUGAUUGGAAAGAGGUGAAAAAAAGAAAAAAGGAAAUAAGUGAUUACGAGCUUGUUAAGUAGUUGAGAAAAAUAUUUGACAUAGAUCCUGAUUUCAAGAGAGAAUACUUAGAAAUCUCAGUUGAAGAAUGGAUUUUAGCUUACAAUGACUUAAAUAAGGAAGAUGAAUUAUAGAAAAUGAGUUUAAUUUCUUCUAAAUUGGACAAAAAAAGAAAAAAGCAAGAUGAAAAAAUCAUGGAAAAGGUUUUUGGAGAGGAGAAGUAUAAAAGACUUAAAGAAGAAUUAAGCCAUAAGACUGGGAAAAAAAGAUUGAAUGAACUAGCUCAGCACAAAGAUUAGUAGUAAAGAAAAAAGAUAUUAAUUUAGCUACAAAAAAAAUUCUCCCACGAUAUUGUACUGUAAAGAUUAAUAAAAGAAGAGGUCAAAGAAUAUCGCCCAUUCAAAUAUCCUGAAGAAUAUGAUAAAAUAGAUGAAGAAGAGGAAUAUAAAUGCAAGUUUAGGGGUAAGACUGGUUUAGAAGUAAAAGAACUUGGAGAGGGUAAAGAACUUCUAAAUACUUUUAAAAGAUUAGAUGAAAAUGAUCUUUACAUGCUAAAUAAUGAAAUAAGGCAACAAAGAAGUGAGGAAUAUUAAUUUGAAAAAUUUGUGAGAGAUAGAGUUGAGACAUAUCUUGAGAUGAUGAAAAAAAGAUCGGAUAAAUAAGAAGAAUCACUGAGACAGUUUAUGUCUAGCACUUACCAUUAGGCGAAAUAUAGAUUUUCUAAAUUGAUUAACAAAAGAUACCCUCAUUAUGGUUAUGGAUAGAAAGAAGAUUCUGAGACAUAUAAGAAAUCAUAUCCAAGAUCUUUCAAGAAAUACUUCUUCUCUUUGGUCAAGAGCUAUGUAAAGAAUAAAAAAGGAGGAUUUAAGAGAGUUAGACAGGCGCCUCCAACAUUUAUGCUACCUGGUGGUAAGAGAUGUCAUGUUCAUGAUUUCGGGUGCCCUGAAGAUUGUCCACAUGUAACUUUAAAUAAGAGAGUAUUGCUGAGGACUCAUUAAAUGAAAAGAAAACAGAAAGAACCAUUGCCCUAUAGAUCAAGGGUUUGGAGAAGAAAAGAUUUCAAAGAAGCAUUGAAAAAGGUUUAUAUGCUGAGCUCUGAACUUGAGAAUUGCACUUUUGAACCAGAGGCUGGAUCAAUGAGUAAAUACAUCGAUACUGCACUUCAGGCUAAUCCUAAUUUGGCUAGGGAAGGAUUUUUGUCAGAGCCUGAUCCAGAAGCCUACUUUAACAAGCUAGGAAAGAACUUUGAAACUUCUCACCCAGAAGUAUACAAAGCUGGUGUUCUUAAGAGAUCAAAACUCAAAUACUCAUAAGGAAAAUAUGAAGAGGCAAUGAAUGGAUUAUGCGAGGGCUUUAACAUAGACUCAUUAAAAAUGCAUUUCAACCCAUAGGAUAUGAAGAAAUUCUUCGGUGAGUUAAUGAAAAAAAAGAGAGAGGAGAGGCUUAAAAAAGAAGAGUAAGAUAGAUAGAAGAAGGGAGGAGUAGACUUUAGAAAUAGAAUUCAUAAGGAGGCUCCUGAAUCGUAAAAGAAAAAGCCUUAAGAGGAUUUUGAAAAUAAAAAGCUUAUUCCAAUUCUUAGAGAAGCUUAUGAUUUGAUAGUUACAUUGGAGAAAAGAAAGGCAGAUGCAGAAAAGUAAAUAAAUAAAAUUGAAAGAGAGCAAAAUAAAUCUAAGAAACUCAUGAAAAGCUUCAGUCAUUACAAGAAAUCCCAGACCAGAAUGGAUAUGACUGGAAAUGAAAAAAUCCUAUUCAAAAGUAUUAUGUGUCCAUUGAAAGAUAAAUGUUCAAAGGUGAUGAAGCCAAGAUGGCCUUCUUCGAACAUAAAAAGUGUCACUUAAUUUGGAGAGGAGUGCCCGUUUGCUCAUCAUCCAAUGGAAUUAAGAUUCCCCGAAUCAAUCACAACUAAACUUGCAGCAUCUUAUUAGACCAUUAAAAGUAUUAACCAGAGAAUGGAUGAAGAAAAGCCAAGAUAAGUUUUCAGACCAACAGGAGGUCUCUUUGAUUGUAAUGGCUGCUCUUAAAAAUCUGGCAAGCACAUAGGAGGACCAUGUAAUCUUUGCAGAUAUAAAGAAAUGGCUGAUGAAGAGAGCAAGAAAUUCAAUGAUAAGAAUAGAAAAAAUAGUUUGAUGAGAAGCAUUGAGAGAAGAGAAACCAAGGAAUUCAAGGAAAAUAAUAAGGAAAUGCAUUCAAUUAUGCAAGCACUAGACUUGGACAAUAACUAUACGAAGAAAUUUGGUCUACUAAAGAAAGCUUGUGUUCUUCAUUUUUAUGGAAGAUUUAAUGAUGCUUUUGAUGAAUUAGCAAAGGCUGUUAAGAUCAUUCAAGAUCAGUAGGAAAUUGAAUAGCAAAAGUAAAAAGUUAUAGAAAAGAGAUGGAGAUUCAAACUUGGACUUGAUGAUGGAUUUGAGUUGCCAGUUCCCAUUGAGACUAUUGAUCCUACUAAGGUUGAUGAAAAAUUCCUUAAAAAGCUUGAUCUAAGUGGUGCAGUUUCAUUAGCCACUCUUAAGCUGUAUAUUGAAUAGGUUUCACCCAUGAAAGGUGAGGAAUUUUCUAAGCAUGCAUAUCUCAAUAAGUAGAUUGAGGAUUACUAUCUUCUUUUUGAAUCUGCUAUCGAGGACAAGCAGAAUACCAUAAAGAAAAUGAAAAAGCAAGUAGAAAAACUUGAUGAAGAAGCUGAUAUGAUGGAAGCUUUUGGAAGUGGAGGAUAGAAUUCUCCAGAGAGAUCACCAGAUAAAGGAGAUAAUAAUGAAGGUACGGUAAAAUUCAAACCAAAGAAAACCAAGAUGUGCCCAGUUUUACUUGAAAAGAAGUUCUGUCCUCUAGCCAAAUAGCCAAAGUGCCCUCAUGCUCAUUCUGAAUUUGAACUUGAAAAGAUGGCUCCUGGUAGCAAAAUGUGUGAAAGAAUCCUGAGAUAAGAAAAAUGCCACCUCUUCAAGGAAAGAAAAUGCCCAUAUGCUCACAAUCCCAUUGAGCUUGAUUUAAUACCAACUGAGACUAAAAUGAAGAAUCUUAAUGGUGUUAUUGUAUCAUAAACUGUUAAACUUAAAAAUAUGAAGCCUCUUGAAGCAUGGAAACCAGCCAAAUCAGGUGAUAUCGAGCAUACCCAUUUGAUGGAUAUGACUAGCAAGAAAAGAAAGAGGAAUGGUGAAGAUGAAGACGAGGAUGAUGAAGAGAAUGAAAAAAAGAAAGGGAAAUUGAAGAAGAGUAUUUUUGAUAGAGAAAAUGUAUUCAGAAAACCUUUUGAAUCUAACUAAUGA